CUUGUGUAUGAAAUGUUGCUCUCAAAAUUAUCGAAAGUCGUGUUAACGUCAGUUUACGUUAGUUGUUGUGCGUGGUGAAACAGUAGCCAGAGGCAAAAUUAAUCAGUGAAAUCGUGAAUCGCAGUAGUGCCCCACAAAUCAGAAUGGCCCCACACACUAAUUCAAGCCACAGAAAAUCCUCAAGAAGGUCGAGAGGGAGUUCCAGACAUUUAGCAGAAAAAAUGGUGAGGUUUCCUAAGAAGGAGCAGUCUGUAAAGAGAAAAUCUUCAACUGCUGUUAAGCAACCCGAGAACUACGAAAGUCUUAUCUUGUAUUAUUUGGCAAAGCUGAGGAGACUGUUCGGCUCCACGGACCAUCCGACACCUGGAAACAGAGAGAAUAGUGCAGCAAAGAUGCGAAAGGAAAACAGCGGCAAUGUAGGAAGGCAAGACGGACCACACUCUAUCAAUCCAAACAGGUACACAGCAAGGCAUUCCUCUCCUCGACCGCGUGACAAGCUUACCGAAGAGAUGAAAGAGCAGGCCUUCUACAUCGUAAAUGCGGCUAUAGAAUAUGGAUACGCCAACAACGUGAUCGGCAGAAACGGCAACUGCUUCUAUCUAAAAGAAAGCAAAAGCUGUAAGAACCUUCCUGUCAGUUGUUCAAUGGUUGACAGCAGAUACGGGUGCAGGCAGUGCGUCAGUAGCAUGAACAACAACCAUGUUGAGGUGUUGAAACCACCAGCUGGUAUGCUAAACCAAAACGGGGAGUUUGUCAGAGUAACCCGGGCUAUGACUGACGGCAGUAAGAGGUACUAUUUGCCCAACAAGCAGAGUUCCAGGAAUAUGCCCACAAGGACAUCAUCGUGUAUAAAUCCAGUAAUUACCAGAAGUGGUAGAGUGAGCAAAGCAUGUCGCUGCAGUAGGUGCCGUUAUCAAUAAGCUAUGCCUCCAAUUCAGAAUCAUCAUGUUACUUGAAAAGACUUCCCACACGUUUUUGUGAUCAUCAUGUGAUUGUUUUGGGAUAAAAUAAAAAUAUGUCCUUAUAGACGUGCACCAUAUGAGUUUUCAGCAAUAUGAUGCAGUUAUCC